AUGCCUCUGCUUCUUCUCAUCCUUUUAUUCUCCAUUCACUUCACAGAUAGCUCAGGCUUCUCAUCUCAACCCGGAAUCUGCUACGGUCAACUAGGAAACAACCUACCAACACCCUCAAAAUCAAUCUCCCUAAUCAAAUCCCUAAACGCAAAACGCAUCAAACUCUACGACACAAACCCACAAAUCCUAACCUCCUUAAAAAGCACCAACCUCCAAGUCUCAAUCAUGCUCCCUAACGAACUCAUCACCAACAUCUCCACAAACCAAACCCUCUCCGACCAAUGGAUCAAAUCCAACGUUGUACCUUUCUACCCACAAACCCUAAUCCGUUACCUUCUCGUAGGAAACGAAAUCAUUUCCUCAACACCAAACACAACAUGGCCUCACCUCGUACCUGCGAUGCGACGAAUCAAACACUCGUUGAAAAAACUCAGAAUCAAAAAAAUCAAAGUCGGUACUUCUUCUGCUAUGGAUGUUCUAGAGACUUCUUUCCCACCUUCAAACGCUGCGUUUCGAAAAGAUAUAGCUGUUCGGGUUAUUAAACCCAUGCUCCGUUUUUUGAACCGGACUAAGUCUUUUUUCUUUUUAGAUGUUUACCCGUUUUUUCCAUGGAGCUCCGACCCGGUUAAUAUCAACUUGGAUUACGCUUUAUUUAGAGAUAAUCAUAAUGUUACUGUUACGGAUCCGGGUUCGGGUUUGGUUUAUACGAAUCUGUUUCAUCAGAUGGUGGAUUCGGUUUAUUUCGCAAUGGAGAAACUCGGGUUUCCGGAUAUUCGGAUCUUUAUAGCGGAAACGGGUUGGCCCAAUGGAGGUGAUAUUGAUCAGAUUGGUGCUAAUGUUUUUAACGCUGCGACUUACAAUAGAAAUUUCGUUAAAAAAGUUAUGAAAAAACCGGUAGUUGGGACUCCGGCUCGGCCGGGUUCAAUUCUCCCUAGUUUUUUAUUUGCUUUGUAUAAUGAGAAUCAGAAACCGGGUCCGGGUACCGAGCGGCAUUUUGGGUUGUUGUAUCCAAACGGGUCUAGGGUUUAUGAGAUUGAUCUCUCUGGGGAGACACUGGAGUCGGAGUUUCCGGUGCUUCCUCCGCCGGAGAAUAAUGAGCCGUAUAAGGGGAAGAUUUGGUGCGUGGCGGUGCGUGGGAGUAAUGUGACUGCUUUGGGGGAGGCUUUGUCGUAUGCUUGCUCGCAGGGGAACCAGACUUGUGACCCGGUUCGACCGGGGAAAGAGUGUUUUAAACCCGAUUCGGUUUUUUGGCAUGCUAGCUAUGCGUUUAGUUCUUAUUGGGCGCAGUUUAAGAAAACUGGAGGAACUUGUUAUUUUAAUGGGCUUGCUAUUCAAACUGCCAAGGAUCCAAGUUAUGGAUCUUGCAUGUUUCCAAGUGUGACUCUUUGA